AUGGGAAAAAAUAUAGCUUCAUUUGGCUUACUUCCUAAUAAUUACUCAUUCUCAGAUGUAGAGAACCAAACAAGAGAUGUAUUGGCUGAAAAAAGCAUAAAAGUCCUUGAAGAGGACUUAAAUGCAAUUUCUUUGCUUAAUCAAAACCAAAGGCAUGCAUUUGAAGUUAUAUCUAAAAGAGUUUAUGAAAAUAAGAAUGGUGAAUGUUUUGUUGAUGGCCCUGGUGGGACUAGAAAAUCUUUUCUUUAUAGAGCGUUGUUAGCUGAUAUUAGGUCAAAGGGCUAUAUAGCAUUAGCGACAGCCACAUCAGGUAUUGCUGCAUCAAUACUACCUAGAGGUAGAACCGCUCACUCUCGGUUUAAAAUACCAACUGAUACCUCAGAGGGUAGAGCAUGCAAAAUUAGCAAACAAAGCAGUUUGGCAAAUAUGAUUAAGGAAUGCAAAUUAAUUAUUUGGGAUGAGGCUCCAAUGUGCAUGAGAUCUGCGAUUGAAACUUUAAAUGAUUUUCUAAGAGAUCUUAUGUAUUCAGAUAAGAUCUUUGGUGGGAAAGUAAUUGUUCUUGGGGGUGAUUUCAGGCAAACCUUACAAGUGGUUCGUAAGGGAAGCCAAUCUGAAACCAUUGCUACUUCUUUGAUUAAUUCCCCUAUUUGGCUAGCUCUUGAAAAAUUAGAGCUCACACAAAACAUGAGGGCUCGAUUUGAUCCCUCAUUCACUAAUUUCUUAUUAAGGGUUGGUGAUGGCACUGACCAAGCUGAAGAUGACAGUCUCAUACAACUGCCUUCUUCUAUUUUGGUUAGCAACGGUUCACAGAAUGCAUCGCUUCAUGAUCAAAUAGAUAUGGUUUAUCCCCACAUUCAACAUAGAUCAGAAAAUCCUGCCUUGCCAUUAAAUCGAGCAAUCCUCACCACAAAGAAUCAUUUUGUGGAUGAAGUGAAUGAUAUCUUAAUUGAAAAAUUUCCAGGUAUAGCAGUAGAAUAUCUGAGUUUUGAUCGAGCUUUGAAUCCAAACAAUCAAGUUCAAUAUGAAGAUUUUUUAAACUCCUUAUCUCCCAGUGGCCUUCCACCCUAUAGACUAAUCUUGAAACCUAGUGUUCCUGUGAUAUUGUUUAGAAACCUCGACCUUACUGAGGGUCUAUGCAAUGGAACAAGAUUAAUCUGUAAAAGUUUGAGCAAACAUGUCAUUCAUGCUCAAAUAGCUGUGGGAGAUUUUGCUAGAAAAGAUGUCUUCAUCCAUAGAAUUCCCUUACAACCUCCAACUGAUGAACAGUAUCCUAUUCCAUAUACAAGGACUCAGUUUCCAAUUCGUUUGUGCUUUGCCAUGACAAUAAACAAAGCUCAAGGACAAACACUUAAUUAUGUUGGUAUCUAUUUGAAGGAACCAGUGUUUUCCCAUGGGCAGCUCUAUGUUGCAUUAUCGCGAGCAAGAACUGCUUCUCAAGUCAAAGUGCUCAUUAAACCUCCAUUUUUUGACAAGCCUAGAACAGAUCAGACAAAAAAUAUUGUAUUUAAAGCUGCCAAGUAA